UUCAUUCUUUUUGCGCUUUCAUCUUUGCCAGGUCCGUGAGGCGGAUAGGGCGAUUUACAGCCGGUCCUGCAGACAUCUAGUCGGAGACAGCAUGCCGCUACCAUUAGCUUGGCUUCUUGCUGCUACCAUCUUCACGCAGGUUGUUAAAACAGACCAGAGCGACGGAGACCUCGUGAGCGUAGCUAAGAUAGGCGACGGAGUAACGUUCAUCUGUGCUCCCCCGCGUGGGAACGUGACAGGAUGGGCGAGGAUGCGAGACGACGCCGACGUCUAUAUUGCCACUGCUGAUGAGAAGUAUGAUACGGUUAACCACUCGACGGUGCUCACUAUCGUUAGUGUGCAGCCCACAGACGCUGGCCGCUACGCGUGUCAUCUGGACGACGGAUCUAAGAUGUUAUACCAACUACAGAUCGCCGCGUACUUUUCUCAUGCGAACACCUUCCGAAAGUCCGAGAGGGUCGUUGAAGGCAAUGAUCUGUGCAUCACGUGUCAACCAGCAGGAUGGCCACCAGAGUUCGUCAUACAGUGGCACAAAGAUGGCGCACCGAUCGUCACCGACGAGCAUCUGGUGCUGUCACGUGACAACGCCACUGAUAUAGAGAACAAAACACUAUGCAUCCUGAAAGCCCGACGGCCCGGUGACGUAGGCAACUAUAGUUGUACGGCUAGCAAUCCAGCCGGUAACAGUACGAUCCAUACGCGAGUGCGGGUGAAAGAUCGCCUAGCGGCACUCUGGCCGUUUAUAGGCAUACUAGCACAGGUCGCUCUUCUCACCAUCAUCGUCUUCGUGACAGAGAGACGCCGUAAGCUCAAAGAGGCCGACGACGAUGACGAUGACGACAUAAUCCCGCCGAAAACUAGAAGCAAGAGCGAACGUCCCGUUAAGCGACACCAGAAGCUGCACCGCACUACGACAGCACCGUGAAGUCACGCUACGUGAGCAUCACGACGUAGUGCCAAUGAUCGGUCUGUCGGCGCGGAAGGUUACGGCUAAGUACGGGCCGUAAUUCGGCUGGGUCUGGUAACAAUGACAUUUUAAAUCGCGGUGAGGGAUAUAUCGCGAAAACACAUGAUUCGCGAUUUUUUUUUAUUCCGUUAUAUUAAUUCUGUUGCAUGCCUUAAGACAUAGUAGGUUGGGGGGUAGGUGUGGGUUGCCUGAACUCUUCGUAUAUGUUAAAACUCAAACGCAAGCAAGAGUAUGGAUGACGGUAAUUCACCACGUGAUCUACGUGCGGAAGAAUGGCAUACAUUAUGUAUUAGAUGGGUUGUGUGUUGUAAAUGUGUACUAUCAUACUAUUCGUGUAUGCGAAUUAAGUACUCGUCCGUUAUUUUUCAUUUCUCGGGAUGAAAUAACAACUAAUUAAUAACAACCGGCUAGUUUAUCAUUUUUCAUAUGCGAAAAAACGUGUACUAUGUACUAACAAAGCUCUCAUAUCUCUUAUCGACUUGGAUACAAACAUAAUUUAAUCAUGUUGUAAAAAAUAUUCUAUAUGUAUAUAGAUAUAUAUGUAUCAUUAAAAGUUAAGAUGUUCUA